CUCUCUCUUUUUUCACAAUAGAUUCCCAAUCAUCUCCUCCACUCUCUAGACAACACUCAUGAUUGCACCCAACAUCUAUCUCCUAUGUUAUACCAACUUCAAUUCAUUGCUACUAUCUCUUUUUCCUUAAUCUUCCAACUAUAUAAAUCCAUAUCAAUCUCCAUCAACCUUCAUCACAAACAAUAACUCUUUUCUCUCCCACCUUUGCAUGAUGAGUUCUAACUCCUCCAUAAAUGGUUUCUACAACAUCCUUAACCAAGGACUCAAUGACCUUCACCAAACCUUCAUCUCCCAUAACUUCAUGUCUUUCCAAUUCCUUUCACAAGUUAUCUCUUCUCUUCAAUCCUUCCAUUCUCAUCUCACCCUCUUGGUUCGCAAACUCCGGUUGCCCGUCGGAGGAAAAUGGCUUGACGAAUACAUGGAUGAAAGCUCAAGACUUUGGGAUUCUUGCCAUGUACUCAAAUCUGCCAUUUCUGGAAUGGAUAACUAUUACUCAUCUGCCACUAAUAUAGUUUCCUCUUUAGAUGGUUACCAUCACUUCACCUCAGAGUUUUCGCGUCAGGUUAUACGCGCGAUAAAUGUUUGUCAAAGGGAGAUUAUAGGAAUGGAGGAAGAAAACAAGAGUUUAACAGAAACAAGGAUUCAACAACUAUCUCAAUGUUUGAACCAAAACACGAACAUCUCGGUCGAUUCGAAUUCGAAACUAAAUGGAUUCAGUGGUUUUCGAGGCGUUCUUUUUGCAAUGAGGAGUGUUAGUUCAUUGCUUUUGAUGAUUCUUCUUUGUGGGAUCACUUAUUGUUGGUCUUCCUCUUGUUUCCAUCAAGGACUAGGACAAGGCUACCAUGAAGGACACAUGGUUUUUGGAUCUGGUUUCAUGGUUUCAAUGGCAAUGUUGCAACAAAAAGUGGCAGAAGAAAUAGACAACAAUGAUGGACAACAUAGGAUUCUAUUGUUUGAGUUUCAACAAGCAAAGAUUGCAAUGGAGGAAUUGAAAGUUGAGAUGGAGAGAAUAACAUGUUAUGAUAAUGAAGAACAUGGUUGUGAGAUUCAAGAAAAAGUUGAGAAUGUGAAGAGUUGUUUUGGUUUGUUGAGAUGUGGUGUAGAAAGUAUCACUGGACAACUUGAUGAUUUCUUUGAUGAAAUUGUUGAAGGAAGGAAGAAACUUUUGGAUAUGUGUAGCCAUAGGUAGAACUUUAAACAAUUUUAAUAUAUCAAGUACUUUUUGUUUUUUUAAUGUUUUAAUAAAAAUUUAAUGAAGCAAUGUUGUCCUUUCUUGUGCAUCAA